GAGGGGCAGGCUCAGAGUGUGCUGGAAGCCUGGUGCUGUUCUUUAGUGAGCCUCGCUCCAGUCGUUUAGUCACACAGGGAAACCAGAGCAGAGACAGAGGAGGAAGAGCAAAGCAGUCACACAAGAGGAGGUCUGACGACACUAUCCGUAUGCACUGACCCUUGUAUUUAACACAUGUAGACAUACAUGCACACGUGCAUGCUGCAUUGAUACAGUGUAAAAAGGACCAUCUAUAUAAACACACAAGCUGUCACGGUGCAACACGUGUAUGCGGCGAGCCCUGGACGACUGGACUUCUGGCUGACUUCUGACCGGACACAUAGCGCUCCAGCAGCCCAUUACAAGAGUGUGUGUGUAAGUGUGUGUGUACGUGUGUGUGUGUGUGAGCACACCGGAGAUGCCCUCCAGACCUUCUCACAGUAGGAGGUCCAGCACGGCGAUGGAUGACACGUGUUCUACAUCGACUGGGAUCCGUACAGCCUUCUGAUCCACUCAAAGAAAUACUGGCCCAAGACCGACGAAAAGAGACCGACGAAAAGAGACCGACGAAAAGAGACAGACGAAAAGUCAUCCAGAAGCCAACGAUAAAAGGACUUUACUUUUUCAACCUUUCCUCCAGGCUGGAAUGAUGUUGUGGAACAAGUUUGCCUGCCACCUGCUUUCGUUGGCAGCCCUACUGGUGGCAGUGGGCUGCAGUGGGGGAGAGCAUAGAAAAGGGACAGAUGGCAGUGCCAGCGGCGCAGGACAGGGCAGCACAGGUGGCAGCACGGGUAGCAGCAGCGGUAGUAGUAGUGAAAGUAGUAGCAGCAGUAAUCGGAGGUACCACAGAGUCCAGCAUGGACAGUGCACCUACACCUUUAUCCUACCUGAGGGCGACAGCAGCGGAGGGAAUUCGUGCCGACAAGGGAAAGCAGCGACACAGUUUAACAGCGCCAAUGCGCUGCAGAGAGACGCUCCACCCCUGGAACAGGACUUCGCUUCCCAGAAGAUCCAACACCUGGAGCACGUCAUGGAGAACUACACUCAGUGGCUGCAGAAGAUUGAAAACGACAUAAAGGAGAGCAUGAAGACAGAGAUGGCCCAGUUGCAGCAGAGUGCCGUUCACAACCACACAGCCGCCAUGUUGGAGAUGGGCACCAACCUCUUGUCCCAGACGGCCGAGCAGACCCGCAAGCUAACCGAUGUAGAGACGCAGGUUCUGAACCAAACCUCCAGACUAGAGAUUCAACUGCUUGAGAACUCCCUGUCCACCAACAAGCUGGAGAAGCAGCUCAUGGUGCAGACCAACGAGAUCAGAAAGCUCCACGACAAGAACGGGUUCAUGGAGCAGAAGAUGCAGGAGAUGGAGUCUCGUCACCGGGAGGAGCUGGGGACGCUGCGGGAGGAGAAGGGAAGCCUGCAGGCUCUGGUGGGGAAACAGAGUGGCGUGAUCCGUGAGCUGGAGACCCAGCUGACCAGGGCCACGGGCAACAGCACCGCCAUGCAGAGGCAGCAGCAGGAAAUGAUGGACACAGUGCACAACCUCAUCAGCCUCUGCAACAAGGACGGAGUAGUCCCAAACAGCACGAAGCGGGUGGACGAAGAGAAGAAGUUUCGGGACUGUGCCGAUCUGUACCAGGCUGGUUUCUACAAGAGUGGGGUCUACAACAUACAUAUUAAUACCCAGGAGACCAAAAAGGUGCAUUGUAACAUGGAGACCGCUGGCGGCGGAUGGACGAUCAUCCAGCGAAGAGAGGACGGCGGCCUGGACUUCCAGAAAACGUGGAAGGAGUACAAGACGGGCUUUGGGACGGUUUCUGCAGAGCACUGGCUGGGGAAUGAGUUUGUUUACCUGCUGACCAGCCAGAGGCAGUAUGCCCUCCGUGUGGAGCUCACUGACUGGGACGGACACCAGGCCUUCUCCCUGUACGACCGCUUUCACAUCGAUAGUGAGAAACGCAACUACAGACUGUUCCUGAAGAGUCACAGUGGGACAGCAGGCAGGCAGAGCAGUCUGGUGAUCCACGGGGCAGACUUCAGCACCAAAGACAUGGACAACGACAACUGCAUCUGCAAGUGUGCCCUCAUGCUCACAGGGGGUUGGUGGUUCGACGCCUGCGGCCCGUCCAACCUCAACGGAAUGUACUUCACCAAAGGGCAACACGUCGGGAAGCUAAAUGGCAUCAAGUGGCACUACUUUAAGGGUCCCAGCUACUCGCUACGAGCAACAACCAUGAUGAUUCGUCCGCUGGACUUCUCAUAGACACCUCGAGUGCGUCCAAAAUGGCACCCUAUUCCCCAUAUUGUGCAAUACUUUAAAUGAGUGCACUACAUAGGGAAUAGGAUGCCAUUUCAGAUGUGACGUUAGAGUUUCUUCCCUACACUCUCUAUAAGGCCAAUGGGACAACUAUAUUAGGAGGAAUGCUUCCUGCUUUUACCCUGUUACUAUCGUCUCACCAUAACGACUUUGGAGUUUGUCCGGAUGGGAACUCUACACCACCUGGCUGUUGCUUGGUAAUGUUACUUCAGAGUCAGCCUGGAAGUGUGGUUGGAGGGAAGAGGGCUUGUGGAACGAGAGAGGGGUCUCGUCUUAUCAUAGAGCUACACCGUGAGUGAUGAACUCCUUGCGAAGUCGGAGGACAAACUGCUUCGCUCUUUUUUUAUAUUUGACGCAUGAACUCAAGUAGAGUUCAACUCUCAGCCCAGGCCUGUGGACUCUCACCCCAGGCCUGUGGACUCUCACCCCAGGCCUGUGGACUCUCACCCCAGGCCUGUGGACUCUCACCCCAGGCUUGUGGACUCUCACCCCAGGCCCGUGGACUAUUGGGGUAGACUUCUCUCCUUUUUGGGAACUGACUGCAACAUUGCAACUUCGUCUGCAUAUGAAGACUAUAUGACAGACCACACGACUACCCAUAGACUACAUGAUAGGCUGCCUUCAGACUACACGACUCCCUUUACGCAUCUGGAAUGUUCUCACAACCAUAUGGGAGAAAAAGGCAUUUUUAUAGAGGUGUUGCACCAAGACAUUGGGACAUUGAACAAUGUUUUGUAUUUCAUGCUUUUUAUUCUUAUAUAGCCUAAUACAUUUGGCAUGACUUGAUGUUGUUUUUACAUAAGUCACUCUGGAUCGUUUCUGGAGAGGAAAAGUCACAAGGUCACCAUCAGUAUAAAAUGUUGGUCUUAUAUGUACUGCAGACUCCAAAGGCAGUUCUGAGAACAAGCCUGGCUCAGUCAAUGGUUUUGCUGCCACUUAUAUAGUUGUUGUCCUGCCAGAGUGCGCUGAUUAUUUUCAAAGUUCAAAAUGCCACGUUAUUAUUGGAUUUGGCAACUGACAGAGAUUUAUCUGCAGUUGGUAUUGGCUGACAACCAAUGGCUGCCAAGGCUAAAAAUGUGGUGAUCUUCUUUCCUCAUUUAAAUAUAAAAAAUAAUAUACUGUAACGA